AUGACAUUAAGAAAAGUGAAUAUUUCCAUCCUUAUAGUGGCUGUUGUCAUUUUUUUGCUGGUUCUUCAUCAUAACUUCUUAGGCCUCAGUGACUUCUUGAAACGGGAAUUGUCAGAUUCAAACCCAGUAGGACUUCAGCCUAUAGAUUUCAUACCUGCAGUUCCCCAGAGACUGGCAGAUGAAAAGAAUGAUAAGGAGAUUUCUGUGGUCAUUGCAGCAUCAGAUGAGAGGCUUGGGGGUGCAAUUGCAGCCAUGAACAGUAUUUACUUUCACACCAAAUCCAACGUGGUUUUCUAUAUUGUUACUUUGAACGAUACUGUGGAUCACUUGAGGCUGUGGCUAAGUAGCACUGCUCUGAAAAAUUUGCAGUACCGAAUUUUGGAUUUUGACCCUCGUGUCUUAGAAGGGAAGGUGCAAGUGGAUCCUCAAAAGCCAGACACCUUAAAACCAUUAACUUUUGCAAGAUUCUACCUGCCCACUUUGGUACCUCAUGCAGAGAAGGCCAUCUAUGUGGAUGAUGAUGUCAUAGUGCAAGAUGAUAUUCUUGAACUUUACAACACUCCACUGAAACCUGGACAUGCAGCUGCGUUUUCAGAUGACUGUGACUCAACCACUAAUAAAGUUGCUGUCCGUGGAGCAGGCAAUCAGUAUAAUUACAUUGGGUUUCUAGAUUACAAAAAAGAAACGAUCCGAAAGCUUGCCAUGAAAGCCAACACCUGCUCUUUCAAUCCAGGAGUUUUUGUUGCCAAUUUGACAGAAUGGAAAUUACAGAACAUCACUAAGCAGUUGGAGAAGUGGAUGGCACUUAAUGUAGUAGAGGAACUUUAUAGUAGGACUCUGGCUGGCAGCAUCACGACUCCUCCAUUGCUGAUUGUAUUUUACAAACAACAUUCCAGCAUCGAUCCCAUGUGGAACGUCCGGCAUCUUGGGUCUAGUGCUGCAAAAAGGUAUUCUCCUCAGUUUGUGAAGGCUGCCAAGCUGCUCCAUUGGAAUGGACAUUUCAAACCCUGGGGAAGAACAGCUUCAUAUGCUGAAGUCUGGGAGAAGUGGUAUGUCCCUGACCCUACAGGCAAGUUCAGUCUGAUCCGCAGACAUUCAGAAGCCUAUGAAGCAAAAUAA